AUGGAGGCGCAAGUCGCGAACUUGCUCUCGCUCCUCAAACGACCCGCCAUCUCAUCGUCAACAUUAGUCGAGAGCCUGAACGCGUUGAAAAGCGACAUCAAGAGACAUGUCGUGCCGGACCGACUUCAAGGCCAGAUCUUCGAGGUGUUGCGUCUCGCCAUCACACAGCAGACGUCAUCGAGUCUGGCUUUGUCCGCCUGCUCGACACUCGGUCACCUGAUCAAGCGGCUAAAGAUUCAAUCUGCAAACAUCGACCAGCUGGCCCCGCGCGUGCUGCCUGCGGUACAGGAAAGAUUGGGCGAUCUGAAGGAACCCGUGCGCGCAGCUGCGAGCCAAGCGCUGAGUGAGCUGUACCCUUACCUGACGCAGGACAUUGAGCACGUGGUAAGGGAAGAGUCGAUUGGAGGCAGCAAUGCGAGAGCCAAGGAGGCAGGGAUGCAGUGGGUGGUGAGAAUGCACAGGGAGGAGAACAUGGCUUUCAAGAGUUAUGUGUCACCGAUGGUGGCACGGCUGGAGGACUCCGAUGGGAACGUGCGGGAGGCAGCCAAGUCGGCACUGGUGGAUUUGUUCUUGAAUGCGCCUGAUCGCGCCAAGACAGAUCUGAAGAAACAGCUCAAAGCGCAUGGCGUGAGACAUUCAAUCCAGACACAGAUACUGUCGCAGAUCGGCGCCGAGACCGCAUCAAGGCCACAAACUGCACAUGCGCACGAAGAACAGGACCUCGCAGCAUCAACAAGAUCACUACCCGCAACAGAUCACGCAACAAAGUUCGCGCAAAGUAUCAUCAGCGAAGCAACUCAGCCAACACAACCGGAGAUCGUGCAGAUGGAGCCGCUAUAUGUACACUCGCGAAGCGAACUGGAUGACAUGUUCCGAGAUAUGCUACCACAUUUUGAAGGCAAGGAGGAUGAACACAAUUGGACGCUUCGAGAGAAGUCGGUGACUAAAGUUCGACGACUCUUGACUGGAAACGCUCCGAAUGAGUACCACGUCGCGUUCAUGGCUGGCCUGAAGAGUGUCAUAGAAGGCAUUCUCAAGGUAGCCAAUUCGCUUCGUACAACGAUGUCCACCAAUGGCUCGCAGGCUGUGCAAGACUUCGCCCGCAUCCUCGGUCCAGCUCUCGACACUCACGUCGAAAUUCUGCUUCAAAACUUUAUCAAGACGUGUGCGAAUACCAAGCCUAUCGCUUUUCAGAACGGCCGUCAGACGUGCGACUCGAUCUUCCAGCACUGUUCGUAUCAUGUCCGCAUGAUGCAGCACAUUUGGGCGGCAGCUCAGGAGAAGAACGCUCAGGUUCGGUCAUGCGUACCAGACUGGCUGAAGAUCGUGCUUAAGCGGCAAGCGGGCUACAAGUCUCACUUUGAGAGUUCAGGUGGGCUAGAUUUGGCCGAGAAGUGUAUACGGAAAGGUCUGGACGAUGCGAAACCAGCUGUGAAGGAAGGCACUCGGGCUGCUUAUUGGAACCUGGCACGGACAUGGUCGGAGAGGGCGGACAAGAUCAUGUCAAGUCUGGAUGAGAAGUCAAAGACUGCGCUACAGAAGGACAGUAAUAACCCAAACUCAUCGCUCCACGCUUCCGUCAGCAGCAUGUCUGCAUCGACCUCGCGACCGGGCGGCAGCACUAGCAUGGCUUUACGGGAGAAGAUCGCCGAGCAAAGACGAGCAAAAGCUGCAGGCGCUUUGCCUGAUCGACCAAACUCUGCCAUGGCCGCCAUGAGUCCAUCAAAGCCCAAAUCUCGAGGCGAGUUGAAUCCAGCCAAGUCACACCUCCGCCAUGAAACUCGAGUAGUCUCCACAGCAUCCACAGCAUCCGAGACGCCCUCUGAAGCAAAAGCACCAACAAGCAAGAGUCGUAGUGCGCUCAUGUCGGGUCCUGUGCGCCGACCACGACGACCGGAACUUGCUCGACCACAAACAGCCGAUCCGUAUGCAUCUCGGCAGAGACUGCGGCCAGAGACGCCAUCUAAUGCUACUCCAGGCAACAGUCCACCGAAAGGUACUGGCGCAAGCUCAAAGGCGUCCGUCUCAUCUUCUAGUGUGGCUAGGAACCGCGCGAAAACUGCUGGACAGGAUGUACUGAGUCCUAAUGGGAGUCCGAUGAAGCGUAGUCCUGCUGUGGUCAACGGACACUCGGUAGCGGAUCGUAUGCAGGAUGUGCGGCCAAGCAGUAAAGGCAGCGAUGACUUGACAAGUGUUCGAGAGGAUGACUUCACAAUGGUCUUGCCCACAUCACGUUCAGCCACGUCAGCCCGAACCGCCAUGAAUGGAGGCUUUAAAAGACCUGCGCUGGAGCAAACAAUGUCUGUCGAUAGUGGCGUUCAGGCUGUGCGAUCCAUGGCAGAAGACGACGGCUUCACCAUGGUUAUACCAGCACUUGCGCACGAUAAUUCAUCACGAGCACGCUCCCCUUUAGCUGUCCGCAGCCCCCUCAAAGCCAUGUUUGAGGAGGCACGGCACCAACUUGAGCGGUCUGGAUCUCCGCCUGCUCCGAGAGAACGCCUAGGUGGGAUCGAGGAGGCAUUGGAAGCUGGAACGGCAGCACACAGGCAAGACAGCCUGGUCAAGCCUAAGACGCCGCAGCCGGAGGAGAUACAGAUAUACGAGGAUUCCUUUCAUGGUGAUGCUCCGGAGAGUCUGACAGACGGCGAGAGAAAAGUUUUGUCUGAGAUCCAGGUCAACGAGAACGUCCGCGUGACAAGUCCGGCACAAAGCCUGGGCUCGUCUGCCAGUCCUGCUGGUAGCCCGACACAUGCACCAGAAGCACGUUCACCAGCCGUACAACCACCACAAGAUCGCGCCGAAGUCUUACGGAGCCGACGACUUCUAAGCUCAGGAAUCGAGCGCAUCCGUACUCGUUCACUAGACGCCCAUGGCUUCCGCCGCAUGCAGGACCUCGCUAAAAGUCCGCUAGAUAUCUGGGAUGGAGGCAGCAAGUACGAUGAGCUCAUGGCCGCAUUGCUAGACUACUUGCCGGCUUUUGCUCAGGAUACACGGCUCAUGCAGCAACCCGCGCACAAGUCGUCUGGACUGAAAGCACAAGCGCUUGGGCUUAUACGAGCACUUCUGCUGCUGCAGCGUAAGAGCGCAGCAAGCUGGCAUGCCAAAGCGCUAACGACGAUGUAUAGCUCCAUCCCUGGAGCAGAAGGCAAUACCCAUGUCCUCUCCGAUCUCGACAAGACUAUCGACGACAUCACCCGCGUCGCCGCGCCAGAAGUCAGCGUCGAUGCCACUCUCGCCUACCUCGAGCCCGGCCACACGAACGAGCAACCACUGCUAUCUCCUAGAAUUAUAACAAAAGCCCUCACAACCCUCCGCCGCCUCCUGAACAUCACAACCCAGCGCUCGGUACAGCUCGGCUCCGACCGCCAGCACCAACUCACAGUUCUCGCAUCGAAGUACCUCGACGCCGAGGAUCAGGACGUGAGGAAAGCAGACAUGGAGUUCGCGAGCGAGCUGUUCGUCUUUCUCGGCGGCGAAGAAGAGCGGAAGGAAUUCUGGGGCGCUUUUCGAGGUGUAGAUGAGGGACGGUUGGGCCUGUUGACGUAUUUCAUUGCUAGGCGGACGCAGCAGGUGUCAUCAUGA